GCAAAGAUAUCGAGCAGCUAUCGGACAACCACCACACACAUAUUUAAUCUUGUAUUAAAAAAAAGUGAUUCUGCUUAAGUGGGCCAUGAAUUCGGCAACAAAGGUUGGGGAAAUUUUCACGGCAGCGGGCCAAGCGUUCAGCAGACUCGGCGAUCUGACAAUGCAAUUGCAUCCAAAUGCCGAAUCUCCCUCUGGUAAAUGGACAGAUGAGGAAAUUGACAUGUUACACUCGUCCAUAAUGCGCUUCUCCGAUGAUCUGAGCAAAAUCAGUUUAAGCAUUAAAAAUCGCACAGUCUCCCAAAUACGACAGGCAUUGAAGAAGAAGGCUUUUGAGGAUGCUGGCAUACCAGCCAAGCAAGUGCCCGUGCAGCAGGUGCAACACGUUAUACAAACAGUGCAACAGUUGCCAAUCGUCCAGCAGCAGCAGCAGCCACAGCAGCAACACGUAUUCAAAUCUCACAUCAUACAGCAGCAGCAGCCGCAGCAACAACAAUCGCAGCAGCAAGCAAAGCAAAUUAUAUUGCAGCCACAGCAAUCAACGACAACAACAACGACAACAGUGACAAUCAAACAAUUUCAGCAAAUGCAGCAACAAAAAGCAGCAGCUUUAGCCGCAGCGCAAGCUGCUGCAGCAGCAGCAGCCGCCAACACGCCAACCAUCACAGAGAACAUCAUCAUACAGCAGCCCACGUCAACGACAGCGAUGCAGCAAACAUCACUGCCAAUUGUGGCGACAACUGCAACACAACAAAUCAUUGUGCCUGCCAACUCAAAUAGCUCAGUAUUGUCGCCAAGUGUCGGAGCAACAGCUGUAACAGGUGGUGCAGUGGGCGCCGUUGUAGUAGCAGAGGAUGUGGUGAGCACCACCUCAAACACCUCGACGAAUGCUGGUCUCAAGUGCGGGCCCGAUGUAUCGAUGACACUGAAUAGGAUAAAUGUGCAGGAGAAUGAUGUGGAGGAGUGCCUGCCCGCAGAGGUUGUUAAGCUGGACUUUGUCAGCGAGGAGGUGGCUGGGUGAAGUUCAAUCCCUGUUGUUGCAGCUGAAAAUGAAACUGAAACUGAAGCGGAGGAAUCGAGCGGCCUGGGCGAGCACUUCUAUUAUUAGUAAUAAAUAAAUGUU